GCUUGUCGCUUCACUACUACACAAGACGCUUGUGUAACUAACAGCAGAAGCCGUGUUGUCCAAAUUAUACAAUUAUAUGCAGACUUUGGUCAGUCUUGUUGCAGGUGUGGUAGUGUUUGGAGCUGAAUGCAGAAGGUCGUAGCAGUGCUUGGUGGGGGGAUUGGGGGUCUGUCGGCCUGUCAUCAUCUGAGCAAGAGUCCUAAUGUUUCCAAGAUCGUACUGCUGGAGAAAUCUGGGAGAUGUGGGGGCUGGUUGAGCUCCAUACGGAGAGAUGAUGGGGCCGUGUUUGAACAGGGACCACGAGGGGUGCGACCUGCAGGUGCUGUCGGCCGGAACACUUUGAAUAUGGUCUCUGAGUUGGGUCUUGAGUCUGAAAUACUGCCUGUUACAAAGGAUCAUGUGGCGUCUAAGAACCGCUUCCUGUAUGUGAAGGGACAGCUGCACAAGAUGCCAUCGGGACCAGGUGGGGUUAUCUGCACCAUCCCUCCUUUCUCUCGACCCAUAAUUCAGAGCGUUCUGAAGGAGGUACUGAUCAGGAAAGGGACAGAGGAAGAUGAAUCUGUGCAUGCAUUUGUGUCCAGACGAAUGGGUUCUGAGUUGGCUGAUAUAGCCAUAGACAGCCUGUGUAGAGGAGUUUUUGCUGGAGACAGCAGACAGUUGAGUGUACGGUCCUGCUUUCCACCUCUUUAUGAAGCAGAGCGGUCUCGGGGCUCCAUCGUGCUGGGCAUGCUGAUGGGUUCAGGAGGUGGUCCUAAAGUAGUCCCUUCUGACUUGGCAAAGAGAGCAUCUAAAGAGUCCUGGACUCAAUGGUCUCUUAAAAGAGGCAUGCAGGCAUUCCCAGAGGCCUUGGAGGACAUGCUGAAGAGACGAGAACGAGUGGAGCUUCAUCAUCAUGCCAAAGUGAAGAGUCUGAAUAUGAACGGUGGAGGCUGGGAGAUCAAACUAGAUGAUGGCAUCUCUUUGAAAGCUGAUGAUGUGAUUUCUACGCUACCUGCAUCAGAAUUGGCCUCUGUGCUGCCCCCAGCUGCUCAACACCUGUCGGAACAGCUGCGAUCCAUCGCUUCUGUAAAUGUCGCUGUGGUGAAUUUGGAAUAUGAAGGCUUCAUCCUUCCUUUUACUGGCUUUGGACAUUUGGUGCCUUCCUCUGAAGAUCCUGGUCUGUUGGGGGUGGUGUACGACUCUGUUCCCUUUCCACAACACAAUCGGAGUGGAGGAUUGACCACUAGACUGACGGUGAUGAUGGGGGGCGCGUGGUUUGAGCAGACGUUUGGUCAUCCUGAUUCAGUGACGAAGCAGAUGCUGUUGGAUCGAGCCACCCAGGCUGUGACCUCUCACCUGGGCAUAAACUCUCAACCUGUAUGGAGCUGCGUCGCUUUACACAAGAACUGCAUUCCGCAGUAUCAUUUAGGACACUGGAAACGACUUGAAAAGAUGAGGCAAUACAUCAGCAACCACAAUCUGCCCCUUACACUGGCGGGAGCUUCCUACGAUGGUGUCUCUGUCAAUGAUGUUAUAUUUAGUGGGCGGACUGCAGCUGAGGGUCUCAUUGGGAAAACAUGAUUCCUGGGAAGGAAUCACUAAUAUAUGAACAACAUGCUUUACUUGAACCCAGAAUGGAAAUCAAGAAGAGUACAUCCAAUUGUUUGGUGAUGCACUAUGUUUAAAAAAAUCAUUAUUAGUGUAAUUUGAUAUAUCAUGUUUUGUUUUCCAUUAAAAUCUAAAUGUCCUUCAAAGAAGAUACAUUGACUUCAGAAAUAAAACUGAAAGGUAAUA